GCACGCCGCCGGCUGAAGGCGGCGGGGCGGCGGGGCGGCUCGACCCGGGGGCGGGGAGACCCACAUGGAGCCCGACGAGCCGCCCCCGACGGGGCUGUGGGUGGACGCUGCCAUCGUCGCCAAUGAGACCAACUGCUCCGCGCUGCCGCUGGCCAGCCUGCCCGCGUACCAGCCGCAGGUGGACCCCACGUACGCGCGCGUCGAGCUGUACUGCGCCGCCACGCUCAUCAUGGUGUGCGCCGUGUCCGUGCUCAACAACGCGUGCGUGCUGCUGUCCACGUGCUGGAUCAAGCGGCGCCCGCUCUCCAUCACCAUGCGCAUCUCCCUGUCGCUCACCGGGGCCGACACCAUCGCCUCCUUCCUGCUCGGCGUGUCCUGGUUCAUCAACAACAUCCUCAACACGCUCGUGCCGCCCGACCUGGACACCUACCUGCCGAUCUGGCACGAGACGCAGUGCGUGCGCUACGCCCCCGAGCGGCUGACGUGCGUCAAGCUGGCCCUGGAGGCGCUGCGGCUGGGCGCCGUGCUCGUCACCAUGCUGCACCUGCUCGCCCUCGCCUCCAACCACUACCUGGGCGCGCUGCGGCCGCUGCACUCGCACGUGCGGCACGCCUACCUCGUGGUGGGCCUCACCGCCAUCUGGAUCGUGCCCGAGGCCGCGCUCUUCGCCUACUUCUCGUCCUUCGAGGACGACGGCUUCCGCGCGCAGGGCAACUGCGGCUACAAGUUCCUGACGCAGUACGGCUUCCACAUCACCUUCUCCCUCACCUUCUUCUUCGUGCUCAUCCUCAUGAUCUGCAUCUACGUGCACAUCUACAUCAUCGUGCAGCGGCACGAACGCAACCGCCACCGCUUCCGGCGCACGGGCUCCAGCCACCAGCGCGCCGAGCUGCGGCACCUCAACGGCAGGGCCGAGGCCAAGGCGGACGCCCGGGCGGAGGGCCGCGCGCACCGCCAGGUCCAGCGCACGGCCACCGACCCUGGAGGCCCUGGAGGGUGGGCGUCGUCGGGGGGCUCCCUGCCGGAGUCCGUUGGCGCCGAGCCCAACGGCCACGCCAGCCACGCCACGGCGGCGGCCAGCCUCAUGCGCGGCAGCGGCGCGCGGUCCCGGAGAGGGGGCUCCCCGGCGUUCCGACGCAACAAAAAGGCCAUCAAGACGACCCUCUUCAUCCUGGGCUCGUACCUCAUCGGCUGGAUGCCGGCCGUCGUGUCCUUCAUGCUGGUGUGCGACAAGGACUGCCUCAUCCCGCGCGACACGCUCGACUUCAACUCCAUCUACACCGUCAUCGUCUUCUGGUCCUUCAACAUGCUCAUCGUCAUCAAGACGCUGGCCAACUCCUUCAUCUACACGUCGCGGAUGAAGGACAUCAAGGACGCUCGUCGCAGCAUGUGCAACGCGCUGGCGCGUCGCUGCUGCCGCUUCCUGCCCCAGUCGGCCGACCCCGCGCGGGGCGCGCUCUUCGGCGGCCCCCCGACGGAGACCACGUGCGGCCCCGUGGGGGGCAUGGCCGGCAUGGCCGCCCUGGGCCCCGCCAUGGGCAGGGACCGCGCCUCCCUGUACUCGCGGUCCUCCACGCGGCGCCUGCACGUCAACGGCCUGGUGCACAACAGGCGCAUGGCGCAGUCGGACGUCUAGGUGUACGGCGUUUGGACACCUUGGACUGUUUGGACACCUUAGCCGCCAACGCCCUUACUGCACCCGCCGAGGCCCCCGCCCUAGGCCAGUGAACCAGAGUGCCAAUAAACUACCAGUAUCCCCUCCGGAACCGAUGGACUUCCCUAGCAAGCGGGGAACGAAUUUUUGCGUGAGUAGGCACAGAUUGAACUAGAUAUUAACGUUCAGAAAUGGACGGCAGUCGUGCCUCUUCCGGGUGAGCCCGUUUCGAAAUCGACCGACAGGCCCCCUACCCACAACGAAAGAUGCUGUGUUGGUAGCACUGUUCGUGAGUGACUGCUGACUGGUUGUUCAAACGGACUUUCGACAAGAACCACACCACUCGCCACCAAAGGCUCAAAAACUUCUUCAGAGCAGGCUCACCUACAGUGCGUGUAACCUUUCAAAUUUUCACAAAAUAUCUGGCAUGAAAAGAAUCUGAGAGCAGUGGGAAAUGGAAGCUUUCAAUUCAAUUGUUUUGGACCUUUCAGAAAUUAUUUCAAGAAAAAUUGUGAAUAAGUACAGGAUAGCAUUACAGUGCCAAAGAUAAGCUCUGGAUUUGACCAUUGUAGAAAAUACCCUUCUUUUCCACCGUGUUAAAGACAUGAAACAAUGAUUACCUUCAGUUUCAAAAAAAGGGGAAGCUGCUCUCAGAGAAUACAUGCUUGAUAUUAUUAAAUGUUAUUUUUUUACUUAAAAUUAUACCUUCUUUUGUAUUAA